AUCGCGGGGGCUGGGCCGCCAUCUUAGCUGGAGGGAACAAGACAAGGAGGAGCGUGAGGCGGGAAGGCUUCUUUGCGGUUUUCCUGGGGUCCCGCCGAAGGCCGGUUGGCCGGACUUUGGGGUGUGUAUCCUGAAGCGAGAACGCGAGUGGGACGAUGCGGCGUCUACCCGGGACCCCGUCCCCCGGGCUGGGGACGCGUGGAAUGUGACCGCCUCCGGCUCCCUCACCCGCCGUGGGGAGGAGGAGCGGACUAGAAGCCCCGCCGGACGUCGGGACACUGGGUCCGCCCGGCUCCCUCAGGUUUAAUUUUUAUUUAAGCUGCAUCAAUGGAGCACAUACAGGGGGCCUGGAAGACGAUCAGCAAUGGUUUUGGAUUAAAAGACUCGGUGUUUGAUGGCUCCAGUUGUAUCUCCCCUACAAUAGUUCAACAGUUUGGGUAUCAGCGCCGGGCAUCGGAUGAUGGCAAGCUCACAGAUUCUUCUAAAACAAGCAACACUAUCAGAGUUUUCUUACCAAACAAGCAAAGAACAGUGUAAAAAAGCACGGUUAGAUUGGAAUACUGAUGCUGCAUCUUUGAUUGGAGAAGAACUUCAAGUAGAUUUCUUGGAUCAUGUUCCCCUGACAACACAUAACUUUGCUCGGAAGACGUUCCUGAAACUUGCCUUUUGUGACAUCUGUCAGAAGUUUCUGCUAAAUGGGUUUCGCUGUCAGACUUGUGGCUACAAAUUUCAUGAGCACUGUAGCACCAAAGUCCCUACGAUGUGUGUGGACUGGAGCAAUAUCAGGCAGCUCUUAUUGUUUCCAAAUUCCACUGUUGGUGAUAGUGGGGUCCCAGCACUACCUUCUUUGACAAUGCGUCGGAUGCGAGAGUCUGUUUCCCGGAUGCCUGUGAGUUCCCAGCACAGAUACUCCACACCUCACGCCUUCACUUUCAACACUUCCAGCCCCUCCUCUGAGGGUUCACUCUCCCAGAGGCAGAGGUCGACGUCCACGCCAAAUGUUCACAUGGUCAGCACCACCCUGCCUGUGGACUCCAGGGUGAUAGAGGAUGCAAUUCGAAGUCAUAGUGAAUCAGCCUCACCUUCAGCCCUGUCCAGCAGUCCCAACAAUCUGAGCCCAACAGGCUGGUCACAGCCCAAAACCCCUGUGCUGGCACAGAGAGAGCGGGCAUCAGGAUCUGGGACCCAGGAGAAAAACAAAAUUAGGCCUCGUGGACAGAGAGAUUCAAGCUAUUACUGGGAGAUAGAAGCCAGUGAAGUGAUGCUUUCCACCCGGAUCGGGUCUGGAUCAUUUGGGACUGUUUAUAAGGGCAAAUGGCAUGGUGAUGUUGCAGUGAAGAUUCUCAAGGUUGUUGAUCCGACACCUGAGCAGUUCCAGGCCUUCAGGAAUGAAGUGGCUGUCCUUCGCAAAACACGGCACGUGAACAUCUUGCUCUUCAUGGGGUACAUGACCAAGGACAACCUGGCAAUUGUGACCCAGUGGUGUGAAGGCAGCAGCCUUUACAAACACCUGCAUGUCCAGGAGACCAAGUUUCAGAUGUUCCAGUUGAUUGACAUUGCCCGACAGACGGCUCAGGGAAUGGACUAUUUGCAUGCAAAGAACAUCAUCCACAGAGAUAUGAAAUCCAACAAUAUAUUCCUCCAUGAAGGCCUGACAGUGAAGAUUGGAGAUUUUGGUUUGGCCACAGUGAAGUCACGCUGGAGUGGUUCUCAGCAGGUUGAACAACCCACGGGCUCUGUCCUGUGGAUGGCCCCCGAGGUGAUCCGGAUGCAGGACAAUAACCCAUUCAGCUUCCAGUCUGAUGUCUACUCUUACGGCAUUGUGCUGUAUGAGCUGAUGACAGGGGAGCUUCCUUAUUCACACAUCAACAACCGGGAUCAGAUCAUCUUCAUGGUGGGCCGCGGGUAUGCUUCCCCAGAUCUUAGUAAAUUGUACAAGAACUGCCCCAAAGCAAUGAAGAGGCUAGUAGCUGACUGUGUGAAGAAAGUUAAGGAAGAAAGGCCUCUUUUCCCCCAGAUCCUGUCUUCCAUUGAGCUGCUCCAGCAUUCUCUACCGAAAAUCAACCGGAGUGCUUCUGAGCCAUCCCUGCACCGGGCGGCCCACACCGAGGAUAUCAAUGCCUGCACGUUGACCACGUCCCCUAGGCUACCUGUCUUCUAGUUUAGAUUGUUUGCCUGCACACAGGCCACCAGGGGAGGAAGGAGAGCCAGCAGGCACCACCCUUCGGCUCUUUCUAUGGGGACAGGACUUGUUUUCAGAGAAGCUGCUGCUAAGGACCUUUUAGACGACUCACAGGGCCUUGACUUCAUGUUGCCUUCUUUUCUACC